AUGUCCGUACAUAAAUGGGGUGAAUCUCCAAUUGGUCGUUGGACAUUACGUAUAGAAACUCGUGCACCACAAAGUGAUGGAUCAAUGAGAUCAGCAAUUGAGGAUAGUACAGGUGAAUUGAAUUACUUUGGACUGCGUCUCUAUGGUUCAUAUUCAUCAAAUGAUGAGAAAAAUAAUAUUCAAAAACGGCAAGAAUCAAAUGCUUUUGUACCAACACAAAGUGAAUUAGAAUGGAUAUAUAAACGAGAAUUAUCGAUACGUGAAUCACCGAAUGUUAUGCAAAAACGUGAAUAUCAAAGUUUAAUAAAUGAACGACAACGCCGCAAAGAGAAUUCCGAUCAGUCAUUAUUUUCAUCAUUUCGUAGAACAUUUGGUUUUUGA